AUGAGUCUUUAUUACUCUCCUUCGCAGUCUCGCCAAUCUCACAACAGCUACGGUAGCGCCACGGAUCCGGGACCAACAUUUCGUCUUACCUGCGUCAAUGUGAAUCACGUUACAUACAAUUAUCUCAUGGAGAACGCAUCGCCCACUACCGCAGAUAGUGCCGGAUACAAUUACGCAAAUGGAUGUGGAGGAUCCUUACCUUGCUAUCAAAGUUUGACGUCUACAUUGCAACAGCCUCAGGAUGACUCCGGUGGACCAGGAGUUCGACCCUAUUCAUUGCCGUCGUCUUGUGAAUCGCCCAUGUCACUUCCAGCAUUCUCUCCACCUAAUCAGACUUUCCUUGGACAUCAAGACCACUACCAACAACAGCCGUUCCCAGGGACACAGGUUUUCCACGACGAAGUGCCCCCAAUCACGUCAUCUUCCAUCUCCUCUGCUAUUGAUGAUUUUAACCUAGAUGAAGACUUCUCUCUUGAUCUGGCGGGAGCCGGCAGCUCAGAAGAUGACGAGGAAUCUAGCAGUGGGGACACAAUCUCAAAUAAACCAAGGAAGGAACGAACUGCUUUUACCAAACAGCAGAUACGUGAGCUAGAAAACGAAUUCGCCCACUCAAAUUACUUGACGCGACUACGUCGUUACGAAAUUGCGGUUGCUCUUGAUCUUACGGAAAGGCAGGUUAAAGUAUGGUUCCAAAAUCGGCGGAUGAAGUGGAAACGAACAAAAGGUGGCAGUCCUUCGAUCAAGCAAAAGAAAGAGUCCAUCAAGUCUAAACAUUAAAAUUAAAGAUCAGUGACGGGUUGUCUUACCAAAUCAUCACAAAAUGUGUCGCGUUUCGCCAUUUACUGAAAGCCAAAUUUGCUCUCACUUAACUUUACAUUUUUACAAAUUUCAGAGUUCUUCCACAAAUAUUUCAAUGAUGAAAAAAUCGAAAUGAUCCUUAUUUGGUCACCUAUGUCCAUAACUGUUUUUCCUUUUUUUUCUCUCUCUCUUGUUUGAAAAUGCUCGUUUUAUAGUAUUACAACAUGGCCAAAUACACCGGCUAAGUCAA